AUGCGUUUGCUCUUCCACGGCGUUAGAUGUCGCAGUGACACAGAUUUAAACUUGUUUCUUGUUCCUUUUCUGCGAAUCUCCCGCUCAAGAUUUGGGGGCUUCCUUAGCAACCGCCCUUCGAUACGAACCGUGAAAGAUCUUAGCAACCGCCCUUCGAUACGAACUGUGAAGGAUCUUAGCAACCGCUCUUCCAUACUAACGGUGAAGGAUGCGAAGCGUCCCUGGCUCCGAGACAACAGCAACAUGGAGCCUCAGGAGCCAACUUCUCCCGCAGACGAGGCAGAUGUAAACAGAUUUCAGAGGACCGAGUCAUGGUUCCAUCUCCCAGCAGAAGAGGACAGGAGUCAGUUCCUGGGUCUGGAGUUUCAGGACAGUCGUCUGUCACCUGCCCUUGCUCUGCUACCAGAGUACGACUUCUCGGGAUACUCUCUCUGCCAACAAACAACAGACUUAGAGUUUGCCCCUUUAAGGGGGUCUCCAGACGUGUCUGUAGCCUCCGAGAGGUUUCUGACACCACAGGCCAAGAAGGGCAGUAGCGGCGUUGUCCAGCCGUCUGACCCUCAGCGUUCCUCUCUGUCCCAGCAUCCUCUAGCCUACAACUCCACCCUGUCUGAGCACCCUCUGGGUCACACCUCCACCCUGUCUCGGUCAGAGGAGAGGGCCAGUAGCUGCUGCUCCCUCUCCGAACACAGCAUGUCCCCUGGUGAAGGGUUGGGACAACCAGAGGAGGACCGCUACCCAGCCACCGUCAGGGAUAACGAGGGGCAGAAGACUCAUCGUUCUGGGACACGGACCAGUCUCCUUGACCCAGACAGACCUCUGGCCGUUCUCCCUGACGACAACGCUCCGUUCCUCAGCGGGCACAUCCCUGGCAGAAAGCUGCUGGAUCUGCUCCAGAAGGACGUUGGCAUGCCCAGCGGUAGCAGCAGUGCCAUCUCCUCUGCCUCUGAGACCUCUCGCAACAGGACUAACUUCUUUAGGGGAGAAUCCAGGAGUGACAGCUGUGUUUCCAAACCACCUGAGCUGCUGCCUGACGUCUCGCCGCCAGUCACAGGGAAAAGAGAAGGCCCUCAAGGUGGAGCCUCCGUCUCACCUGAGCUGCUACCUGACGUCUCACCUGAGCUGCUGCCUGACGUCUCACCUGAGCAGCUGCCUGACGUCUCACCUGAGAAGACGGAGAAACUCAAAAGUAAACAGUCUUCACGGAUGUCUGAAAUUUCCAACAUCACCAUCCGUUCCCUGAGCAGCCAGCCGGAUGAAAGCAGUGAUGCGUCCCGCAGGCAGCUCUGCUCGGAGCGAGAGAGGAGUCUGGACUCUGAGCCUGGAGCAGAGACCCAGGGAGGUACCAGCCGUGGGCCCAUACCCUCCUUACACAGUGAAGUCAACACACCUGACAUUGUCACCAAUACACCUAACGUUUCAACCACUGGAUCCGCCAAAGGGAGGACGAGCGUGACCAGAGGGCUACGGGCCAGUGUGUUAGGGCCAGGGGCUGGGGUCGGGCCCCAGUUUUCAGCAGGGUUCAGUGUGGAGCGAGGCCAUCGGGAGAGAGACCUCUGGUCCUCAGGGAACCAGACAGGCACAGAACCAGACGUCUCGUUCCUGAGCCUUCUCCCUCAGCCCGUGUCCCAGUCCACCCCAGGUGUGUUCCUCCACGGUCCAGUCAGAUCCAGCACUAAGCUGUCAGCCCUCAGCUUUAACAUGGAGGUCUCUCAGCGCUCCUCGGGCUCCAGAGUCUCCUCCCAGCCCCAGCCUGAUAGAGCCACCCCUGUCCGGGACCCCCCUCUGCCUGCCAGAGAGACCGUACAGGAGCCCUCGGGAAGAAGCCACCAUUCUCUCCCCAGUCUUAACUACCUACAGAAGGUUGAUGCCUGGAAGGCCAACCAAAGUUCAAACAAGAUGUCUUUCUAUGACAACUUGUCUCUUCAGAGCUUCUCCGGGGUCUCUCCCAAGCAGAAGGCAUAUGAUGCAGUCUCUGACUCUCUGACCUGUAUGUUGACUCUUCCACAGCGGGGCAACCAGACCCUCACCAUGUGUGAAUCUGGACCCUCCUCCCCUAGCAGAGGGGAGGCAGCGGGUAGUGGUCUUCCUGAGAGAGAGGACACAGCAGGGCCUGUAGGAGGGCCAUCCCCCCUGGCCAGGUCUCAGUCCCACUCCUCCCUCAACACAGUGGUCACGUCUAUCCAGAGAGCUCAGCGUGCACAGACACACACUGACCAGGACAGCAGUCAGACACAGCCAGAGGAGGAGAGUGCUACAGGGCAGCCCAGGGAGUUGGAGAGGAGCCGGGGAGGGUCAGGGUCAGACAGGGUUCAGUCAGGAGGUGGACCUGAACAGCCCAGUGGUGCUCCAACCGAGCCCUCUCCCUUCAUCAGCCUGGGACUCUUCCAUAACGUGUCAUCAAAGCGAGACGUCCUCUCCAGCUCCCGGGACAGUGGCCACAGUGGGCAGAACUUUGAGGUGCCCGUCAGGGCUUCUUCUUCUUCUGUGGUCAGUCUGGAGGUGGAUAACUAUGCCCCGUACUGGUCCUCCAAACCAUCCUCACCACACAGGGAGAGGGAGCUCAACAUUGAAGAAAGGAUUCCGAUGUACCUUCACAACCUUGGGAUCGACCAAUCUCCUUCUACGAUCCUCAAUCCCUUUGGACCUCGAGGGCCAAUCAGAGAGCCAGAGUUCUCUCCCACUGAUCUGUGCACCAUAAAGGGAUCCACAGCCACUGGCACGCCAACCAAGAGCGCACAGCCUUCUGAUGGCGACAGCCCUCAUAAAGGAGAGUUCUCCAGGUCCAGCCUGCUGUCUGUGGCCUCAAGCAUGUCUCUACCUCUCAGUGUGGACAGCCUCCAUCUCCAUCCCAUAAGGAGCCAGGCAGAGAACACCAGGAGCUGCCUGUCCCCCUCUCCGGGACCAGACAGAGACAGGUUUCCCAGCCAGGGCAGUCUGAGGAUGGCCCUCUGCCCCUUGGAUAUCUCAGUGGAGAACACAGUGCUCCGGGACUCCCAGCAGGAUCCUCACUGCCUCCAGCCAUCCUCCCCUGCACCACAGUCCACCCAGCCCCUUGACUUCUACCAGCUCCCUGCACCAGAGUCCAAAAAUAAAAAGUACCCUGCCUUGCUUCCGGACCUACAGUCCACUGAACAACAUCAGAGAGACAGCAGAGUGAAUGUCUCCACCCAAGCUGCUAUAGAACUGGCAGGGGGGCUUGAGUCCAGUGCUGACAGCUUAUCUCAGUACAGAGACAGGGUCAAAAACAGCUUAUCUCACUACAAAGAUGGAGACCGAGACAGUUUAUACAGGAACAGAGACAUGGACAGAGACGUCUUGUCUCAGUACAGAGACAGUGCAGUAGCGUCCUGUCCCCAGGUUAACACCACCAUGGAUCGUAGUGAUCCUGAUGAUUCCUUCGUAGGCUCCCAGACUCUGCAGGACAUUAGGCUUCUGCUGGGUCGGGCUGAAAACAUUGUGUCUGGUGGGUCCUCCACCUCUGGCGCCUCCUCCGGUGCCUCCUCCCACCUCCUCCACUCUGACGACGACAUCCUGCUCCUCUCUCGCAGGAGGAAGAUGGAGGUAUUCCAGGACUCCUCCUUCACCUCCUCCUCUGGUGGGGCCGGGGUGGGGGACCCAAGGAGUCACUCCUCCUUGCUUUGGGCCCGCUCCUCCUCUGACUCCAUGCUGCCGGCAGUUAGGAAGAGGGAGAGCACUGCCUACAGCGGGGAAGGUCAUGUCAGGCUAACCAGAGAAGCAGAGCAUCAGUCCACAACCGCCAGAGAGGAGUCUGGGAGACUACUACAGGACAGAGAGCAUUAUGGAAGACCACAGGACAGUUCUGAAGACCGAGAGCAUCAUGGGAGACCAAGGGACAGUUCUGAAGACAGAGAGCAUCAUGGGAGACCAAGGGACAGUUCUGAAGACAGAGAGCAUCAUGGGAGAUCACAUGACAGUUCUGAAGAUCGAGAGCAUAAUGGAAGACAAAGGGACAGUUCUGAAGACAGAGAGCAUUAUGGGAGACCACCACAGGACAGUUCUGAGCACAGAGAGCAUUAUGGAAGACCACCACAGGACAGUUCUGAGCACAGAGAGCAUUAUGGGAGACCACCACAGGACAUCUCUGGCAGUAGCUCCACCUUCCUCCUGACCGAAUCCGUGCGGAGGGCGGAGCCUGAGGGCUGCAGUGCUGGCCUCUCGGACACGCGGAUUGGCCCUGUGCUGUUGUCAGUUAUGCCGGUCAGCCAACCUGGUCCCUCAUUGGGUGAUGCUGGCGUUGGCAAGCUGCAGCAGGCUCCAACAACAACAGUGGAAGGAGGACACACAGAAGUGCAGAUGGCUCCAGAAGAGGGAAGCUCUUCGUCCUCUUCGUCCUCCUGUCCCGUGGGCUCUGAGCAGGGGUGUGGAGGUCUGUCUGAGCCGGCCCACGGUGGGGAUCAGGGUGGAGAUGCUCUGAGUGAUGGUGGCAGCAGCAGCAGUUCUCUAGCAGCCAGGGUAGCCAGGCUGCUCCAGAGUGAGUCCCCGGCCACGGUGGCGUCCCUGUCCAGCCGAUCCAGUACCGCCACAGCAGACCUGGAGGAGAGCAGAGCCAGAGAGUGGCUGAGGCUGAAGGUUUCCGGGCAGCUGUGUGAAACUCUGGAGCUCAACACGGAGGAUAGACAACGCAUAGAAGAGAUCAAGAGAGAGAUACUCUUUAAACACCCUCAGAGCACGGACACGGACAGCAGUACUGAGUCCAGCCUAGUAGGACCAGGGGGCCAGCCUCCCUCCCUACCCCAGCCUGAGGAGCAGUUGGUUGGGGAGAAGAAGCAGUUCAGGGCCCUGAAGGCAGCAGAGGACUGUCUGUCCCACCAGCUACAGCAGCUGAGCAGGAACCCGUUUGACGACAGCGUUGAGCUGCGUACCCCUCUAAGACAGGACCUAGAGGGCCGGGUCAGACAGAUCGCCCUCCGAGAGGGGUUAUACGUCCUCCCUAGAACGCACCCUCCACCCCUCACCUCCAUCACCAUUGCCACCUCCCGCCGCUCCCCCCUCCCCGAGCCUCCACAGGCAUCCCAGUUCACCUUAGAAGGGGUCUCCCAACCCACAGUGCAGGGGUGGCUACCUCAGACACGGUCCCAGCAGCAGGGGAGGGAGAGCACCACCACCUCGACACACUGCUCCAUGUCCAGAGACACAAACACCAUGACUGGAUCACAGGCCAACAGCAGCAGUCUGUACCCCAGAGACAGAAAGACACGCCUGGGCCAGGAGCCGGGCCGGGAGACGGGCCGGGAGACGGGACGGGAGCCGGGCCGGGAGCCGGGCCAGGAGCCGGGCCAGGAGCCGAGACAGGAGCCGGGCCAGGAGCCGAGACAGGAGCCGGGCCAGGAGCCGAGACAGGAGCAGCUGCCUGGUAGAGACCAAGAGAACCCGUUUACUGGCCCCCCCCACUCUGCAGCUCCUCUCCCUCUGACCCCAGUCAUGUACGGGCAGAUUUCCCGGUCUCACCCCGACGAAGGUCGUCCUGGGUCCAUCAUGGGUUCUGGAGCAGACUGGAUCUCUGGAGCUUGGACCACCAGGACGGGUCAGGUGUCCCACCUCCACGUCACCCUCUCCCCUGGUCCUAAAGGGGCUGAAGAGAGGUCCCGGAGACUUCUGUCUUUUGCUCCUGUCAGGCACUCCUCUGUCGUCUCCAGCAGUGUUGACGAAGACGAGAGCCUAGGUUACGCCCCCGAUCCUGCUCCGGCCAAUAAGACGGGGUCGCAGGAGAACAGAGAUCCAAUUUGGAGACAGGGGCAGGAGACGGCCGACGCCUCAGUCCAAAUCACCACGGCAACGGCAACCUCCACCUUCCCACAAUGCUUCACACCUCCCCAGAGGCUGACUGGUACCGGUCCGUCUAGGCAGGCGGCGCUGACGGUUCUGUUGCCGUAUAAACCACACGGUAGUGAGGAGAUGUUCUACGUACCCCAGACGCAUCCUGAGCCACAGCUUUCCCCCAUACGAUCUGACUCCACCAUGGAGAGUUCCCACCCAGGCUCGGACGACGCGGUGCCCCCUCGCUUCAACAUAGAGAUCCUGGGGUCACGAGAGCAGCAGGUGGACCAGGUGGUGGACAGAGGCGUAAACAUCAAACACACAGAGGGAAUCUACAGCAAGAGACAAAGACUGGGAGAAAACUACAGUAUGGAGAGGACAGGUACCACCGUGCCAGACGAUGAAGGCCAACCAUUGGUUGACCAGCGUACUCCACAGUCAAAAUGCUUCUCUCAUGUCACAGGAGGGUUAACCAGAGUACCUGCUAUACCAAUCACCACCACUAGAGGACCUGCUGUACCAACCACCACCACUGGAGGACCUGCUAUACCAACCACCACCACUAGAGGACCUGCUGUACCAACCACCACCACGAGAGGACAUGCUAUACCAACCACCACCACUGGAGGUCAUGCUAUACCAAUCACCACCACUAGAGGUCAUGCUGUACCAACCACCACCACUAGAGGUCCUGCUAUACCAACCACCACCACUAGAGGUCCUGCUAUACCAACCACCACCACUAGAGGUCCUGCUAUACCAACCACCACCACUAGAGGACUUGCUGUACCAACUACCACCACUAGAGGUCCUGCUAUACCAAUCACCACCACUAGAGGACCUGCUAUACCAACCGCCACCACUAGAGGAUCCUCUGCAGCCAAUAGAGACCAUGGAACCUCAAUCACCACCUCCACACACACCCAGGGUGUCCCAGACACAGACCACCCUGUCCAGCCCUCCCUUCGCUGCAGCCUGGGGGUGGGGGAAGAGGAGCUGGAGGUGUUUCAGCCUCUGCAUGUAGAGAUGGACUAUAGUUCCAUGGACCUCCACCAUCACUUCCCCAAAACCCACCAUCUCCAAAUGAACCAUCAGAUCUCCAACGCUCACCUUGUCCGAACCUCAGCCCCUCACCCAGGGAUGGAGCGAGAGUCGGGGAGGCGGGACCACAGUCUAGCCCAGCGGAGUGGCAGCACUCUGGACCAACUGUGGCGCAGGUUCAGUGAGAGGUGGAGCCUGGAGGAGGCCCGGCCCACCAAUGAGAGAGAGGCGUCCCUCCUGGAGCGGCUGGAGCGUCUGUCCCGCCUCAUCCACAGCACCGGGACCUCCGCCCCGCCAGAGCCAGAACCAACGCAGCAGACUGAUACCACAGAACAAGAGGGAGGAGGGAGGAGAAGAGAAGGAAAGAGUGGUAGGAAGGAGGAAGAGAGGAGAAGAGGAGGUGUGGAGGAAGGGAGGAGUAGGAGAGAGGAGAGCAGCAGUGGCCGGAGCGAUCCCCAUGCUAAAGCUAACCAGGCUAAGGCUAGUGUUCCCCGCCAGGCCUGGGAGCAGCAGGAUGAAGACAGCUCUAGCCCCUCCCAUGGUCCGGCCCACAGCUUUAGCCCCUCCCACCUCCCGGCCCGCAGCCAAUAUCUGUGUCCAGCAGAGAGAGAGAGGUCUGGGAGUGUCUCAGGGGAGACCAGCAGCUCCAUGUCAACAAUAGACACAGCCCGACUGGUGAGGGCCUUCGGAGCCCACAGGGUCAGAGGGCUGAAUACACAAGGUGGGUUCAGCAAGGUGAGGGCCUUCGGAGCCCACAGGGUCAGAGGGCUGAAUACACAAGGUGGGUUCAGCAAGGUGAGGGCCUUCGGAGCCCACAGGGUCAGAGGGCUGAAUACACAAGGUGGGUUCAGCAAGGUGAGGGCCUUCGGAGCCCACAGGGUCAGAGGGCUGAAUACACAAGGUGGGUUCAGCAAGGUGAGGGCCUUCGGAGCCCACAGGGUCAGAGGGCUGAAUACACAAGGUGGGUUCAGCAAGGUGAGGGCCUUCGGAGCCCACAGGGUCAGAGGGCUGAAUACACAAGGUGGGUUCAGCAAGGUGAGGGCCUUCGGAGCCCACAGGGUCAGAGGGCUGAAUACACAAGGUGGGUUCAGCAAGGUGAGGGCCUUCGGAGCCCACAGGGUCAGAGGGCUGAAUACACAAGGUGGGUUCAGCAAGGUGAGGGCCUUCGGAGCCCACAGGGUCAGAGGGCUGAAUACACAAGGUGGGUUCAGCAAGGUGAGGGCCUUCGGAGCUCACAGGGUCAGAGGGCUGAAUACACAAGGUGGGUUCAGCAAGGUGAGGGCCUUCGGAGCCCACAGGGUCAGAGGGCUGAAUACACAAGGUGGGUUCAGCAAGGUGAGGGCCUUCGGAGCUCACAGGGUCAGAGGGCUGAAUACACAAGGUGGGUUCAGCAAGGUGAGGGCCUUCGGAGCCCACAGGGUCAGAGGGCUGAAUACACAAGGUGGGUUCAGCAAGGUGAGGGCCUUCGGAGCCCACAGGGUCAGAGGGCUGAAUACACAAGGUGGGUUCAGCAAGGUGAGGGCCUUCGGAGCUCACAGGGUCAGAGGGCUGAAUACACAAGGUGGGUUCAGCAAGGUGAGGGCCUUCGGAGCUCACAGGGUCAGAGGGCUGAAUACACAAGGUGGGUUCAGCAAGGUGAGGGCCUUCGGAGCCCACAGGGUCAGAGGGCUGAAUACACAAGGUGGGUUCAGCAAGGUGAGGGCCUUCGGAGCUCACAGGGUCAGAGGGCUGAAUACACAAGGUGGGUUCAGCAAGGUGAGGGCCUUCGGAGCCCACAGGGUCAGAGGGCUGAAUACACAAGGUGGGUUCAGCAAGGUGAGGGCCUUCGGAGCCCACAGGGUCAGAGGGCUGAAUACACAAGGGACCAGCCACAGGACCAGCCACAGGACCAAUCACAGGACCAGCCACAGCCUUAGUAAACUGUACAGCACCAUCCUCCAGCAGAGACAGAGCAAGGAGCAGAGGAGAGGAAGGCCCAGAGAGACUCCUCAUAUCCCCCCAGUCCCCUCCGAGUCUACUGGCACUGAUAACUCUGUAAUUCCAGCUGACUCUGCAUCUUCAACCAGCCCCUACACCCUCCCCUCGCAUCGUGGCCCCUCCCACUCCAAGAAGGCAGACAAACAUGUCAGGAAAGGCGUACAGGCAGGGGACCUGGAGAUUGUGAGUAACGGAACACGUCGCCACACCCGAGACGUCGGCACAACGUUCCCCUCGCCAGGCUCAGCCAGGGGUGCCAGGGUGCUCCCCUCCUCACACUCUGGUAGCAAGAGGAGGGGUAGAGCGGGGGACAGGAGCCCUCCUAAAACGCAGAGGAAGAGGAAGAUGAGCCAACCCUCUGCCAGGCCCUACUACCCUCAAGGUGUAUCAUGGUACAUCCCUGCUGAGGACCUGAGAUCUGAGGGCAGGAAGGAGAACAAGCCAGAGCAGCAGCCUCCCCAGGGCCCGGCCUGGUUUGAACCCUACAGCAGAACCACCCGGCCCUGGAGAGAACCACUCAGACAGAGACAAAUACAGGACAGGGAAAGACUGACAGACAGACUACAGACCAAUCAGCUGGAGGCUGACCGCGACAGACCCAGUGAGAGGCAGCACACCAAGCACAGCAUCAUCACCCCUCCUGGGCCUGAACCCACUGGCAACGCCCCCGCCGCCCUGGUCCGCAUCUCUCUCCAGGAGGCUCUGGAGCUGCGUCGGCCAGAGUUUGUGUCUCGGUCUCGGGAGAGGGUGAAGCGUCUGGUGCUGCAGGUAGAGGAGAGGAAGCUGCAGGUCGUCUUCAGCAGAGAGAGAAACGAGCUCUUCAACCAACCCAGAAGACCAGGGAGACUGUCCCAACCCGCAGGCACAGCGGUGUUUCAAGGAGCCGUUCCCAAGAAGGAGAUGGUGCAACGAUCUAAACAGAUGUAUGAGCAGCUGCCAGAGGUGCAGAAGAGGAGAGAGGAGGAGAAGAGGAGAGAGGAGUACCGCUCUUACAGACUUAACGCUCAGCUCUACAACAAGAGAAUCACCAACAGAGUCCUGGGCAGACAAACACCCUGGCAGUGAGCGCCUAGGAGGACGUUUACACUUGAUUCCGUGUGCUGUGGAAUAAAAUACAAUGUAGUUCAAUUGUUUACAUUUUUUUUUACGUUUUAUUCCGAUCUGCUGCAAGCUUCCAUUUUCUUCACCUUUUAUAACACAUUAUGAAGUGAAAAGUAAAUCAUUUGUCUGUUUCUAAAGAGACAGGGUCAUAAUUGGUGUGUAUUUAAAUACUUAUUAAUAUAGUUUUUUUUAUGAGGAAAAUAUAAAUAAACAUGCUUUCUACACUC